AUGGCAGCUAAUAGUAAAUGGGAGGCAGAUAUUUGGGGUGCUGUGUUGACCCAUCAGGUUUUGAGUGUCUCUGCUGUCCUAUGGACUCUCAUAUUUGUCACCUGUCUUCAUUUCCUCCGGAACAUUUACUUCCACCCUCUGAGCAAGCACUCCGGACCUAGGCUCUGGGCAGCAACUCGCCUGCCGUGGUGUUGGAACCAAUAUCGUGGUGAUUUGAGCCGCCGUCUUCAAGAACUUCACAAACAGUACGGGGCGGUGGUGAGGGUGGCCCCGGAUGAGAUAUCCUACAUCUCAGCUACUGCUUGGAAGACAAUAUACGGGCAGAGAUCAGUUGAAAUGCCAAAAGAUCCAAACUUUUCUCUUCUUACACCUUCCGGCGUGCAAAAUGUCCUCACAGCAGACCGCAAAACACACGCGCGCCAGCGCCGGUUGCUGUCGCAUGCAUUUUCAGAAAAGGCGCUGCGCGAACAGGAGCCCAUCUUGCAGACCUACUGCACGAAGUUAUGUGCCCAGCUAGAAGAGAGCUGCCGUAGUGGUCCGGUCGACCUCUUUGACUGGUAUACUUUUGCAACAUUUGAUCUCGUCGGUGACCUUGCUUUUGGAAAGAGCUUCGGCUGUCUCGAGGCGGGCAUGGCUUCGCCAUUUGUUGAAUCCAUCAAGACUGGCUCUCAAGAGCUAAUGGUGAACCAAAUGCUGCGUUACUACCGAGUCAUGUUUCUACGCCCGCUAUUUGCUUUACUGGGACCAUCUAACAUGGCAGGCUCGCGAGCAGCUAAUAUGCGCCGCGCUGCAGAAACGGUUCGCGCUCGUCUAGCUCGUGGUCCGACGGCGGACCGGAAGGAUGUUUGGCACCAUGUCCUGAGUCACAUCGCCGAGCAUGAAGGCGGCAUUCAUGACACCAAAACGACCAUGUCAGAGGCAGAAAUGUAUGCUAAUGCCUUCUCCAUCAGCAUCGCCGGGUCCGAAGGCACAGCAACGGCGCUGUCUGGGGCUACAUUUCUCCUGCUACGACACCCAGACGCGUAUCGUAGGGCUGUCGACGAAAUACGCAGCACCUUUGCUACGGAGGCAGAUAUCACAGCAUCGAAUAUGGCUGGAAAGCUCGCUUUCCUCGACGCCGUCCUGAACGAGGCGAUGCGUCUAUACCCACCUGUCCCUAUCACGCUUCCGCGCCGCGUCCCCGCCAACGGGGAAGUCAUUGAUGGCUGCUUUGUGCCCGCUGGCUACACCGUUGGUGUAAAUCACCUGGCGUGCUACCGUUCGGACUCUAAUUUCGAGGACGCUGGAAAGUUUCGGCCAGAGCGAUGGCUCGAUGAGUCUGGAAACGAUGCCGGCGAGUCAUUUAAGCCUUUCUCGCAUGGGCCCCGCGCCUGUCUUGGGAAGAACCUGGCUUGGGCAGAGCUCAGGCUCAUUCUGGGACAUGAAGGGCCAGUAGCCAAGGUAUUCUUUAUGCAUUACGCUCUCAGAUCACCAUCAAGCCUUCGCAUUCCCAGCGCUAUUUGA